CACGACCACUUACACACUUUAACUACAAUACACUACACUUAAUCCUUAAACACUGCUAGAAACAAUGACAUUGUUCAAUAUGAAAGUUAGCUAUGCGGCAUUUGUUCUGUACUUGCUAGCUUCUCAAGCAGUGCUUUUUGACAAGGCAAACGCUGCCGGCUGCGGCCAGGGAGGCUGCGGUAACAUACCGGCGGCCAGCCUAGAACCUUGCCUUGGGGCUGCUAAGGAUGCAAGGGCUAAGGUCCCGCCGACAUGCUGCGGCAAAGUCGGAGCGCUGCUCAAGACCGCCCCUAAGUGCCUCUGCGUCGUACUGUUGUCUCCGUUGGCCAUGAAAGUCGGCGUAAACCCGGCAAUCGCUGUCACCAUUCCCAAGAGAUGCAUCAUCAAGAAUCGCCCAGUAGGGAAGAAGUGUGGACGAUACACCAUUCCUUGAGAAGACAUCGUCACCAGACAUUACUUGCAAGUUGCACGACUACAAUAAUAUAAAAUAAAAUUUGUGUGCCUAGAUUACUAUAUAUAAAAAUAAUAUAAAUUAGUUAUUGUAUCACGAGAUUG